CGGGCAGCAACAAGUCGGCGCUGUGCCAGAAGGCGGUGCGGCAGGCGCCGGGCUGGGUGCACUGCAGCGUGGGGCGGCUGCUGCGCGCCGCCGCAGAGACCACGGACCCGCGCCACGGCAGCGACGCGCCGCUCGUGCGCCAGGCCAUCGCCGCGGGCGACAUGGUGCCGCAGACGUACGUGCUGCAGCUGGUGGAGUCGCAGAUGCGCACCAACAUGAGCGCGCAGGGCGUGCUCAUGGACGGCUUCCCGCGCGACCUGGCGCAGGUGCACGACUUCGAGAACAAGUUCCACCAGCAGCCGUCGGUGAUCCUGCUGGACUGCUCCAAGCUGCAGCUGGGGCGCGGGCGCGUGGACGACAGCGUGGCGGCCUUCCGGCGCCGCCUCGAGCUCUUCCGGGAGCUGACGCUGCCGCUGCUCAAGGCGCUCGACGCCGAGGGCCGCCUCACCAUCGUCGACGGCGACACAGACACGCCCGCGGACGAUGAAAAUAUGUGUCUAUUGUUAGUUUAA